AUGGGCUGCUGUUAAUGCAAAAAAUAAGCAUAACUCAAAGAGAAAGACUCUAAUCAAUCAUCUAAAAAUGUUAAUGCAAAUGAUAAAUCUUCAGCUUAAGGAAAGAAGAAUUUGUCUGAAUUAGAUGGGAACCAAGAAGGGAAUGCUUCAGUGGUUGGGGAUAGAUCUGCCAAUUAUCUUCUCAACAUAAAUCCUCAAGAUGAUACUACCAAUGAGGAAAGUAAAAUAAUCAGUGCCCCAUAAAAUGAGGAAAAUAAUGACGAUAAUUAGGAUAAUUCUGAGGAUAUGGAAGAAGAAUAUUUGGAAGGAGAGGAAAGUGAAGAAGACUUAGAAGAAGAGGAGGAAGAAGAGGAGGAAACUGAAGAAGAGUAAACUGACAGUGAAUUAGAGUCUGAAGAAAUCAAAGACUAGGUGGACUAGCUAUAAAAUCAAAGUUCAAACCCCCUAUCAAUAGAUAUUGGCUUCUAAAAUUAAUUAAAUAAUCAGCAUUGCAUUAACCAGGAUUAAGCAAUGAACGAGGGAGGAACUCCCCCUAGAAAUGACUUGAUUGUUGUCAGAUAAAAGACUGCAAGUACUAAUAGCAGUAAAAAUGAUGGAAUACUUGAAAGACAGAAAACCUAAUCCCAAUCUCCAAAGUCAAGUCAGAAAGCUCAUAUAAAGAUAGAUCACUUAAAUCUUCCCUAAGAAACUCCUCCAUCCUAAAAGUCCAGGAAAAAAUUGCAGCUCUAAUUAGUCAGUUAACCUGAAAGCUUAGAUGAUAGCUCAAGAUAAGAUUAUAAAAAGGAACCAGAAAUCGUUUAGUCAAACAUUUAAUAAGAUAAAUUGUUGAAACCAUCAGAUGCUCUCUAGCUAUAAAACUAGAGAAGACCCCCUUAAUUUUUAAAAAGCAGUAAGAAGUCAUCUUCCUUUAAUGUCAAAAAGGAGGAAAAUCAUAAUCUUAAAGAGAUGCAGAGAAAAGCUUAGGAGUCUUAUGAGAAGAAAAGAACAUAAAAUUUAGAGUAAGAUAGAGACAAGCGAAAAAAGAAUGAGUAUGCUCAUUAUGAGGAUGAGGAGGAUGAGAAAAUUGUGAUACCAGAUGAUGUCAGAAGUUCUAAAAACUCUAAGAGAUCUAAAAAAUCUAAAUCUAAGGGCAACUCAUAGGCUAUAGAAGAAGAGGAUGAGAAUGAAUAUGAGGAAAGCGAAGAGGAAAUAAUCAAGAAAUUCUUUGAUAAUGAUAAUAAAGACAGAUACUUCACUAAGGAAUAAAUAGACUACUAUGAAACUGUUUACAAACCAAUGAUGGAAAAGCCUGGUCAGAGAAAGUACAUCAUCAGAAACUUUAAGAAAUCUCAUGCUAUUGGCAGUGGAUCAUUUGGGACUGUGUACUCUGGAUUUGAUAAUGACCAUGGAAUAUUGAUAGCAGUAAAAGCUGCACCUAUCUCUCCAUAUGCAAAUACUACAUAGGAUAGAAAAAUCAAAGCUUUAAUGCAAGAAAUUGAUUUACUUAAGACACUAAAUCAUAAAAAUAUCGUCAAAUAUUUGGGAUCCCAUAAAGAUGCAGAUUGUAUUAAUAUUUUUCUGGAGUUUGUCUCUGGUGGCUCAUUAGAAAGGAUUUAUAAAACUUAUCCAAUGAAUGAAAACCUUCUUAGAGUAUACACAAAGCAAAUACUUGAAGGAUUGGAAUAUUUGCAUGUAAAUAACGUUAUUCAUAGAGAUAUUAAGGCAGCAAAUAUCCUUUUAGACUCUCCAAGUGUUUGUAAAUUGGCAGACUUUGGUAGUUCCAAAAAGUAUUAUGGCCAGUUAAAUCAAUAAUUCAACAGUUUUUGUGGUACUCCCUAUUGGAUGGCUCCAGAGGUUAUAAAAUAAAUUGGACAUAACAGAUAUGCUGACAUUUGGAGUUUAGGCUGUACCGUUUAUGAAAUGAUAGCUGGUAGGCCACCUUGGUCAGAUAAAAAAGAUAUUUCAGUUUUACUUGCUAUUGCUGAGGCCAAGGAGCCCCCUAAGUACCCUAAAAACUUAUCUCCUGAAUUAAAGAGUUUCUUGGAUUGCUGUUUCAAGAAAGAUCCUUAUUAAAGAGCCAAUGUAUUUGAGCUACUUAGACAUAAAUUCAUAAAUGUAUAGGCCAAAAUUUAGCAUUACCAUUUUUCUUUAGACAAGAUUGAUGAAGAAAAUACACCAGGGCCUACUCCUUCAGAAUAUUCUAAAAAGAUAGGCACUUCUAGGUCUGGUGAAAGGGCUCCAUCAUCAGAUAACAAUAGUUCACCUGGAAAAUAAAAUAAGCAGUAGCCUGGCAAAUUUUUCCCUUCGAAGGGAGAGAAAGAUUACUUUAUCAAAGACUGUGAACAAAUUGAUGAAGUCGAUGAAAAUAGAUCAUCUCUUUAUACCUAAAAAUAUAGUAAAAGUAGCAAUGCCCAAAACAGGGAGAAAAAGAAUAGUCAAAGAUCAAAAAAAGGAAGUAGCAGCAAUUAUAAAUAAGUAAAAAUCGAAUAUAGUGAGUCUAAUCAAGCUGAAGAGGAAGAAGAUGAGGAAAGUAAGGAAGAUAAAGUUUCAUAAUUUAACAAAGGCAGAAGAUAAAGCACUAUGAAAAAUAAUAAAAAUCAUUAGCAAAUUGAACCAUAAAUAUAGCAAGAUAUGCUCAGACCAUAAAAAACAUCAAACUUUGAACUUUAAGUCCCUGGCAAAGAAAAAAGUAAUCAUAAAGCUAAAACUCCAGUAGAGGCACAUAACUAAAAAAGGCCAAGUAGCAUAAACAAGAAUUAAAGAGAUAAAAUAUCGAUUGUAUCUCCAGAACUUUCGGAUUCAUAAGGAGUAUAAUCCCCCUCUUAGGAUUCAAGCUAUUAGAAAUUUUCGACUAAAGAUUUUUAUUCCGAUAGUCGAUCUCGGGGAAGAAGUGAUAAUUCAAAGAACAAAAAAUCAGAGGCAAAGAGAUAAAUGACAAGAUAGGAAAUCGAGUUGCAAAUAUUGAAUGAAAUAAUGAGUAUUGCUGAAUAAAAGGAAAAAGAAGAAAAAGAUAGUGAAUCAGGCAAUUCAUCUUUAAUAUCAUCUGAUUAAUCAAAGAGUUAAAUGAGUAAAAAAGAGAAAGUCGGCUAUAGUAAGUUAAAUAGAUAAGAGACGGCUAAAUUGAGUGUCAUUAACGUUGGUUAGCUUGAUCCUGAUAGACCUCUUUCAACUAAAAAAGCUGAUGAGAAGAAAAAAUUAUUUGAAGAUUAAGAACUUAUUUCUUAGUAUGACUAGCAAGUUUAACAAUUUGAUUCAUAGCCUCAAAUAACAAAAGAAAAUGGAAUAAGAUUGCUCAGUAUAAUAGAUGAAGUUAGAAAAGAAGAAGGUAUCGAUGUAAACAGUUAUCAUCUUAAUUAAGAAGAAAUUUAGGCAAAUUAGGAGUCUGAAAGAAGCUAAAGUCUUGAGGAAUUCAAAAGAGAAGCUCAAAGAUUAAUAGAGAAAAAGAAGAAAAAUCUGUAGCCUAUAAAUACGUCUGCUAAAAAUUUACAAAAAAUUCCAUUAGGAAUUGGAUAUAAAGAUUAUCUCAGACCAUAGCUUUCAUAUGUCACUGAAGAGUGCCAAAGUAGUUCAUCGAAUCUAUCAAAAGUAUCCAUAAAUAAAUAGAUUCGAUAGAGAGUUUAGAUGGAUAUUUUAGAAGAUAUUGCUAGAGAACUUAAAGAGUAAGCGGCUGCUUCACCACCUUCUAGAGCUUAAAUGAUAAGCUAAAAAGCUAUAAACAGUAAAUCUAAGAAUAAAUAGCUUGCAAUGCUAAGUGAAGAGAAUUCUUAGGAUUCAGAUGGAGAAGAAGAAAAACUAAAAUAAGUGGAAGAGUAGAAAAAACAUAAGCAACAAGCUGCAAAUUUAAUUAUUAAGGAAAAUGGUAAUUAUGAUAAAGAUGAACUUAAUAUCCCAGAUCAUAAUAUCUUCAGAUCUAGAGACUCGUAAAAAGAUCGAAGUUUUAAGCAAGAAUAAAUUUCUCCAGAUAAGGAUGAAGAGUUAGAGAUUUAAAAGUAAUCUUAACAAUAGCCUGAAGCCGUGCGUUCAUUAGUUAAAAACACAAGUUUGGAUUCUUUUGAUACAAGUGAAGAAAAUAGUGAGAGUGACUCAGAUGAGAACGUUGAGAGUGCUAGAAUGAACACUGAUGAGAUGGAGUAGAUAUUAAUGAAUAAUGCAGCAAGUAAUAAUAAUAAUAGAAAUAAAUGA